UUCAAAAAAAACUGUUGUCUAGGUAGACCUGCGAUAUGGCAUUGCAUUCCGAAAAGUACUGCAAGCUCCUGAACCAACUGAUAGUUUUACUCUACUCUACAUUCUUUUACAGUUCUUUUGUUUUGUUGGGGUUGCGUACAGUUCAAAACGAAUUGCAACUUCGGAUUUGCGUUUAGAGUCAUCGUGUCUGUAUGGUUGACUAUGGUGUUGCCUGUCGGUUGCCACUUUGCCGCAGACUGCAACUGAAAUUGUGCAUUUAUAAUUUUCUCGGAUCCCGAGAUCCGUUAUCAGCUUAGUUACUUAUGACAACAGAUAUUCAUUGAAUCGAUCUAGUCUCUUGCAGCUUGCUUGUGUAUCUGUAGAAUUAUUUAAAAUGAUGUAUCUUAAUUCUUAAUUAAUCUCAUGAUUGCCGAGGCAGCUCAUUCCGCUGUACCGGAAUACUUCAUAACUGAGUGGUAAACCUUUGCUGGCUUUGCACAGUCAGUUAUCAGCUCUUUUAUGUGAGAUCCUAGCCAGAAAUCCUAUUUUGUUUGUAUGUUGUUUUUGCGUAUUGGUUCUUGGCGUAUAGACUGCAUUUAUUACCAGGAGCCCACAGCCAGUUAUAGCCUUCAAGGUAUCAAAGAGCGAUGUAUGAGGAGGAGGAGAUCAAGUUUAAAGCACCCGUACUCAGCGAUCUAUCUGCACCUGCAGCACUCCCCAGUCAAGUUCCUAACCAUCUGAAGUAUGUCAUUGAAAAGGAUAUUUCCAACGGACAGGAACUGUUUCCGGUUCGUGUUUGGAAUUCGCUCAGCAGAGUACCUGCACCCCAGUUCGAGUAUAUCAAAACGCUGCAGUUAUUUCCGAAAUACCAGCGUAGUCCAGUGGUGUGCGACUGCAUAGAUGGUUGCGAUGAGAGGUGCAUUUGCAUGUCAACUCCUUUUACGGACAAGUUCUGUGAAAUCCCGUAUGAUGACCAGACCGGACGGUUGAAGAAGUUCCCUAAAAAAUGGGAACACACGCACAGGGUCCUGUGGGAGUGCAGUGAAAACUGCCCUUGUGGCCAGGAAUGCCCUUCCCGAUCUGCUCAGCUGGGACUUCGAUUUCAGUUGGAAGUUUUCAUGACGUCGAAAAAGGGCUGGGGUGUUCGAGCCCUUCAGGAGAUACCAAAGGGAUCCUUUGUUGCUGAGUAUGCAGGAGUGGUUGCAAGCAUUAAGGAAGAAGGAACUGAGGAAGGGGAAAAAUGGACGGAUAAUAACUGGUAUUCAUUUGACAUAAUGUCGGAGCAAGGCCCAACAAACUUUUUCAUUGAUGCAACAACGAAAGGAAACGUGGCUAGGUUUUUCAAUCACUCUUGUGAGCCAAACAUGAUGGCUUUCCACGUGUUCUAUGACGACAAUAAUCCCGUUCUCGGCAUGCACAUCUGCUUUUUCAGCACUUGCGAUAUUAAGGAACGCGAAGAGCUUACUUUUGAUUAUGGAGAAGAUUACUGGAAAGCUAAGCUGGAACGCGGUCUUGGAUGUGACUGUGGAGCAACAAAGUGCAACUACCGCUUGGCGAAGAAGUCAAAGAAAUUCAAAAAACCAAAGCUCGACAAUAUUCCUGAUAUCACGCACACACUGGAUAUUACCAUUCCCAACAUGGUGGUUUACAAUCUGUAAUCUUUAAAAAUCUGAUCAGAGUUUUUGUCCUGGGAAUACACAUCUCCUUUUGACGCUGGUUUUCGAAACUUCUGCAAAGAUCUUCCGUUUUCUUCCGCAGAUCUACUCUUGGAAGUUUUAGCUUGUUAAUUGUUUUAGGACUUUUAUGGGUUGCUUAGGUACCGAUGCGGACUGUGAAUAGUGAAGGUCUUAUCGUUUCAAUUUUUUUCCAAAUAGUUGUCAGUAUUUUUUAUGUCAAACCAUGUUCAAAUAAAGUACUCCGAAUUUA